AUGACAGUUGCGCGGCCAGUUCGGGCGUUGAUCGCCGGCGGGUGCAUUCUCUGGUGUUUCUUUCUGUGGCAGAUAUUUGCUCCAUCAUGGUCGUUAAGAGGUCCCGGUGAUCGCUACUCCAAUUUUGAGCGGGAUCCCAUGCUGGAUCCUACCGAUGAACCAGAAGGAGUGUUACAUCGUACGAGCCCGAGAUAUGCCCACGAUGCGAAAAAGACGGAGCGCAUCGAUGCGACGCUAUUAGCGCUUGUGCGGAACGAGGAGGUGGAUGCCAUGGUCAUGUCGAUGAGGGAUCUCGAAAGGACUUGGAACUCCAAGUUUAACUACCCCUGGACGUUUUUCAACGAUAAGCCUUUCACCGAAGAGUUCAAGAGGAAGACUAGAGCAGCUACGAAGGCGAAAUGUAACUACGAAAUCAUCCCCAAGGAACACUGGGACAUGCCCUCUUGGAUCGACGAAGAGCUCUUUCAGGAAUCCGCCAAGAUCCUCGAAAAGAACGGCGUCCAAUAUGCAAGCAAGAUAUCAUACCACCAAAUGUGUCGAUGGAACAGCGGUCUCUUCUACAAGCAUCCAGCCCUGAAGGAUAUUCGCUACUACUGGCGUGUCGAGCCUAACGUGCACUUCUUCUGCGAUGUUGACUACGAUGUCUUCCGCUACAUGCACGAUAACAACAAGACAUACGGCUUCACCAUCAACCUCUAUGACGAUCCCAAAACCCUCCCUUCGUUGUGGCCCGAGACAGUCAAGUUUCUCGCUGAGCAUCCUAAUGCAAUCCACGAGAACAGCGCCGUAGCUUGGGUCACCGAUGAUAUCCGUCGGCCUUCCACAAAUAGAAAGGCUCAGGGAUAUUCGACGUGCCAUUUCUGGAGUAAUUUUGAGAUUGCGGAUAUGUCAUUUUGGAGGAGCAAAACUUACGAGGACUACUUCAACCACCUCGAUCAUGCGGGCGGAUUCUUCUAUGAGCGAUGGGGUGAUGCUCCAGUCCAUAGUAUUGCCCUUGGUCUGUUUGAAGACCAGAGCAAGAUUCAUUGGUUCCGCGAUAUUGGUUAUCAACACAUCCCUUUCUUCAACUGUCCCAACUCACCAAAGUGUAAGGGCUGUGUAACUGGCCGUCUCACUGAUGGUGAGGCCUGGUUGCAUCGAGAAGACUGUCGACCCAACUGGUUCAAGUACGCUGGUAUGGGAUAA